AUGGCAGAAAAGAGCGACGCAACGCCCUUCAUAAAAAAUGGCGCGAAAGCGACAAUCACGAAAACGCCAGAGAAACCGGCGAAAGAGAAAACGGGUAAAGAAGGCAGAGGAAAAGCCCUGAAGCAGAUAAUCGUGGCUCUCAUAGUCAAUAUAGGGACCAUUAACACGGGAAUGGCGUUCGGCUUUUCGGCAACGGCUUUGCCUCAAUUGAAGAGUGCUAACUCGACUAUACAUAUAACUGAGGGUGAAGCCAGUUGGAUUGCAAGUUUGAGUGCAGUGGGAACUCCAAUAGGUUGUAUACUCAGUGGCUAUCUUAUGGACAACAUCGGAAGGCGACGCACGCUAAUAUUUACCGAGGUGCCUCUUAUAGUGGGGUGGAUUAUGAUCUCAUUCGCGCAGAAUGUGAUCAUGAUUUAUAUUGGUAGAUUGCUGGUGGGUUUCGGUUCUGGCAUGGUGGGUGCCCCAGCCAGGGUGUACACUUGUGAGGUUUCACAGCCGCAUUUACGAGGAAUGCUGGGCGCGAUGGCGUCAGUUGGCGUUUCCACUGGUGUAUUGAUACAGUAUGUAAUUGGUAGUGCGACGUCAUGGAAUAUACUUGCCGGUGUAAGCGCUAUUGUUCCCAUCGUUUCUCUCUUGGGAAUGCUGGCGCUCCCAGAAACCCCCAACUACCUCCUAACGCAGGACAAACCGGAGAAAGCCGAAAAGUCUCUUUCCAAGCUCAGGGGGUCCACUUGUAACUUGAACGAGGAAAUACAGAAGAUGAUAUCGUUUAAGGAGAAGAACCAUGUCGAACCAUUAAGAACGCCUCGCGAAAUAAUCAAAGCACUGCUAGCGCCAUCUGCGUUGAAGCCGUUCGGAAUAUUGGCGCUUUAUUUUUUCAUCUACCAGUGGUGUGGGGUGAAUACGAUCACCUUUUAUGCUGUUGAAGUGUUUGAGGCCUCCGGUGCUUCGCUUGACAAGUACUCGCUAACAAUAUCCAUGGGUGUUCUACGAGUGAUAUUCACCGUUGUCGGUUGCAUUUUGUGUCGUCGCUGUGGAAGGAGACCUCUCACUUUUGUAUCUUCUCUAGGCUGUGGAACAUCGAUGGUGGUUCUCUCAGUCUAUCUAUACUACGUUCAAUAUUGGAAGGAGAACAACCUUCCACCACAAUACUCUUGGAUCCCGGUGGCCAGCAUAUACCUUUUCAUGGUAUUUUGUACUUUGGGAUUCCUUAUAGUGCCCUGGAUUAUGAUCGGCGAAGUCUAUCCCACGCAGGUUCGUGGAAUAAUCGGUGGCAUGACAACGUGCAUCGCUCAUUUGUCCAUAUUCACAGUGGUGAAAACUUUCCCCUAUCUUAAGCACUCACUUAACGAUUACGGAACGUUUGGAUUGUAUGGCGGUCUCUCACUUUGUGGAACGGCAUUCUUCUACUUCUUCUUGCCCGAGACGAAAGGAAAAUCCUUACAGGAGAUAGAAGAUUAUUUCUCUGGUCGCAUCAAAAGUUUGUCUAGGAAAAACACGCAGACGGAAAUCGCGUAG